AAGAUGCCGAAAAGUGAUUGCCCAGAACGCAACAAUAGGAGCGAAGAGCAGGUGUCUGGUGCCAAAGUCAUAGCUGAGGCCCUGAGAACGCAAGAUGUGAAGUACAUGUUUGGUGUCGUAGGCAUCCCGGUGAUUGAAAUCGCCGUGGCCGCGCAGGAACUGGGCAUCAAGUAUAUCGGGAUGAGGAAUGAACAAGCGGCCUGCUAUGCUGCUUCUGCGAUUGGAUAUCUGACAGGCAGGCCAGGAGCAUGCCUUGUGGUUUCUGGUCCCGGUCUCAUCCACGCCUUGGGUGGUAUGGCCAAUGCAAACAUGAACUGUUGGCCCUUGAUUGUGAUUGGUGGUUCCUCUGAACAAAGUCAGGAAACAAUGGGAGCCUUUCAGGAGUUCCCUCAGGUUGAAGCUUGUAGAUUAUAUAGCAAAUUCUCUGUCCGGCCAAGCAGCAUAGAAGCGAUUCCUUCUAUUAUUGAAAAGGCCGUGAGGAGCAGCAUUUAUGGUCGCCCUGGGACUUGCUAUGUUGAUAUACCUGCAGAUUUUGUAAACCGCCAGGUGAAUGCAAAUUCUAUAAAGUACGUAGAGUGUUGCAUGCCCCCUCCUGUGAGCAUGGCAGAAACCUCUGCUGUGCGUAUGGCAGCGUCUGUUAUCAGGAAUGCCAAGCAGCCCCUGCUCAUCAUUGGGAAAGGUGCAGCUUAUGCCCGUGCAGAGGCAAGUCUCAGGAAACUGGUUGAGCAAUGUAAAUUGCCAUUUUUGCCUACCCCCAUGGGCAAGGGUGUUGUCCCUGACAACCAUCCAAACUGUGUCAGUGCCGCCAGAUCCAGGGCUUUGCAAUUUGCUGAUGUGAUUGUGUUAUUUGGUGCAAGAUUAAAUUGGAUUUUGCAUUUUGGACUGCCUCCACGGUAUCAAGCCGAUGUGAAGUUUAUCCAGGUUGAUAUCUGUGCAGAAGAGCUGGGUAAUAAUGUCAGGCCUGCUGUUACUUUGCUAGGAGACAUAAAUGCUGUAACUAAACAGCUUUUAGAAGAGUUUGAUAAAGCUCCAUGGCAGUAUCCUCUAGAGAGCACAUGGUGGAAAACUCUUCGGGAAAAAAUGAAGAGCAAUGAAGCUGCAUCCAAGGAAUUAGCUUCCAAAAGAUCUCUACCUAUGAACUAUUACACAGUAUUCUACCAUGUUCAAGAACAACUACCCAGAGACUGUGUUUUGGUAAGCGAAGGAGCAAACACUAUGGACAUUGGCCGCACGGUGCUUCAGAACUACCUUCCUCGUCACAGGCUUGAUGCUGGAACUUUUGGAACGAUGGGAGUUGGUUUGGGAUUUGCCAUUGCAGCUGCUAUAGUGGCGAAAGAUAGGAACCCAGGUCAGCGGGUCAUCUGUGUGGAAGGAGACAGUGCGUUUGGAUUUUCUGGCAUGGAAGUGGAAACCAUCUGCAGGCACAACCUGCCAAUCAUACUCUUGGUAGUGAAUAAUAAUGGAAUUUACCAAGGUGUUGAUACGGGUACUUGGAAGGAGAUGUUAAAUUUUGGAGAAACUGCUACUGUGGCCCCUCCAGUUUGUCUUCUGCCAAACUCCCAUUAUGAGCAGGUCAUGACUGCAUUUGGGGGCAAAGGGUAUUUUGUGCAAACACCAGAGGAACUCCAAAAAUCUCUGAGGCAGAGUCUGGCAGACACAACUAAGCCCUCUCUUAUCAACAUCAUGAUUGAGCCACAAGCCACCCGGAAGGCCCAGGAUUUUCACUGGCUGACCCGGUCUCAUAUGUGAAUAAAGAUGCCAGUGGGUGGUUCCCAGGAGUCUUCUCUAUCCAGCAAGAUGGAAUUUAUUUUCCACAGCAAAAUUACUACUGUGGUAAAAUUGUCAAAAA